GUCAUAAAUUUCUGCCAAAAUGAUUUUUAAGAUAAAGUGAUAAUAUAACGUAAUAUAAAUAGUGUAAAAUGAGUAGAGCUGUUAAUAUAUAAAAUAACUGUAAACAUCGAUCGAUCAGUGAUUUUUAUUGGGAUAAAUUUUUACAAUUCGAAACAAAAUAAUAAGAGGGAACUGUUUCAAUAAAAAAAAAGUAGAAAUUAGUGAAUAAUGCUACGUAUGUUUCUUGGAGCAAUCUUCCUAACCGCAACUUUCGGGAUCAAUCAAUGUGUCAUCAACAAUGUAGGUCUAACUAAGGAAAGAUUUCCUUCAGUUGUAUAUUCAAACAAUAUAGUAGGUGGUCCACUCGGUCAUCACCUAUGGAGAUUCUGGUCAGACCAGGCCAAUGCAAUUGAAGGAGUCUUGACUAAAACUUUUAACUGCACGAAAAUCAAUGUUGACGAUCGCUUUCUCAAAACGGAGCCCCCCAAGUGUGGAAAAGCUGAAUGGUUGCAAGAUUUGUGGGCAAUUGUAAGAAGCAACGAUCUUAUUGCAAUGGAUUUAGACAUGAUAAGAACCGUCAAAUACAUGGAUGAACAAAUUAAUUAUAUGGUCAAACCAGAGAGGAACGUAAACGAUAAAACAAUCAAAAAUAUGGUCAAAUCAAAUAAGAAUUUGGGCGAUAAGGCAUUGAAUUGUUUGGUGAAAUUAAAUCAGAACUUGAAUGAUGAAACAGUCAAAAAUUUACGUCAAAUUUUAUCUUACGGCACACAAUUCAAUUUACCUUUGGCGAAAUCAGUUUUUAACGUGUAUGGGUCACAAACUGUUUAUCCAAGAGUUGGAUCGGAUCGUGAAUUGAGCUAUUAUGGUUUAUUGCAUAAAUAUGAGAAUCAUCUUAAAAUUCUGGACAGCGAACAACUUAAGAAACUCAACAACCUCGUGAAAACUGUUAAACCGAAAAUGGUCGAAAUUUAUGAAAAAGUUCACACCAUUUCUAUAAAUUCAAAUGAAAAUCUGAAGAAAUUUCACACGGCAACUUUUGACAUUUUUUUGGCCAUGCGACGAAUCGAUGAAGGUAAAGAUAUCGCUGAAAGUUUGAACAUAAUAAGUGAAUCCAUUGAAGUUUGCAAAAAAUUUAUGAAAGUUCCAUACUUGAAGACAAUCAACAGUAACAUCGAUAAAUUGAAGACACUCAUCGAUGAACUAGUUGCCGCACAACAAAAUCUAUUCCGUGAUAUUGAAGAAAUUUUGAAAGUAGAGCCCAAAAAGUCAAAACUCAGCUUCUUCAAAUUAAGAUAAUUGAAAGAAUAAAGAUCUUCCAAAGAAAAAAAUGCUUCUGGAUAAUUUUGAAACAACAACAACCAAAAGUAAUCUUUUUAAAUGAAAAAUAUACACAAGAACUCAAAGUUGUAUGGUUCAAUUACUCUUUUACACAAGAAUAAAUGGUGCAUUGUGAAGAAAA